CGUUUGUGGGUCUUGUGUUUGCAGUUCCUGCGGGUCACUAAGCAGUAUCUGCCUCACGUCGCUCGCCUGUGUCUCAUCAGCACCUUCCUGGAGGACGGCAUCCGCAUGUGGUUCCAGUGGAGCGAGCAGAGAGACUACAUCGAGGCCACGUGGAGCUGUGGAUACUUCCUCGCCACCUGCUUCGUGCUGCUCAACCUCAUCGGACAGAUCGGUGGCUGUGUCCUGGUGCUCAGCAGAAACCUCGUUCAGUACGCUUGCUUCGGGUUGUUUGGCAUCAUUGCACUGCAGACGGUCGCCUACAGUAUUCUGUGGGAUCUCAAGUUUCUCAUGAGGAACCUGGCUCUGGGUGGAGGGCUGCUGCUGCUGCUGGCUGAGUCUCGCUCUGAGGGGAAGAGCAUGUUUGCCGGCGUGCCGUCGAUGGGAGAGAGCUCUCCGAAGCAGUACAUGCAGCUGGGAGGCCGCGUGCUUCUGGUGCUCAUGUUCAUGACACUGCUGCACUUCGACUCCAGCUUCUUCUCUAUUCUACAGAACAUGGUGGGAACGGCGCUCAUCAUCCUGGUAGCCGUGGGCUUCAAGACUAAACUAGCCGCUCUGACGCUGGUUCUGUGGCUCCUUGCCAUCAACGUCUACUUCAACGCCUUCUGGACAGUGCCUGCGUACAAACCCAUGCACGACUUCCUCAAGUACGACUUCUUCCAGACCACGUCGGUCAUCGGAGGCCUGCUGCUGGUGGUGGCACUCGGCCCCGGCGGCGUUUCGAUGGACGAGAAGAAGAAGGAGUGGUGAGGAGAGCCGUUGCACCAAUUAGGUAGAUUUAUUUGGUCGUUUCGGUCAUUAUUAGUGUUUAUGAUGAAACCUUCUUCUUGGCAAGGCGCCCAAUGGGAUGUUUCACUCAUGCAUUAUCGCAGAAUCUUUCUUUAAAAGCACUGAGACUCAUCAGAUCUUCAUCUUUCUGGAUGAUGUUCCCGAGGGCCUCAUGCAUCGAUCGCUGGUGUGAACUCUGUACCGUCUGCGUCUCGGGACGCUUGUCAGAAUCCGUUGUUUUACAGGCGACGCCGGAGUGUUUUCUGUUGAUUCUGAGACAAAUAAAUCAUUGUGUUGGUUUCUCAGACGUUUGUGUUGUAUUUUUGACUUUGGGGUUUUCAGAUCAUGGCGGAAAAAUAAAGCAAG